AUGCGGAAAUCCUCGACGAUCCUCCCCUACUGCUUAGUAGUCUCUCUCUUCGUCCUCGUAUCAUCCUCGAGCGGUACAGACACAAUUCAGCAGUUGCAGAACAUCAGCGAUGGCCAGACUCUCGUCUCCGCCGGCGGGAUCUUCGUGCUGGGGUUCUUCUCUCCGGGGGAUUCCGGUAAGAGGUAUCUGGGCAUAUGGUUCGCCGUUUCUAAUACAACAAUCGUAUGGGUCGCAAACAGGGAUAAGCCUCUUAACGACUCCUCCGGUAUCCUGCGCAUCGACACCAGCGGCAAUCUCGUCCUCACCGGGAACCCUCCCAACACAAUCUUCUGGUCUACGGGUCAAACCAGCUCGGUCGGCGCCACCGCACGGCUGCUGGACUCCGGCAAUUUCGUGCUCAGAGAAGGGAGUAGUCCUACGGCCGGAGACUUUCUCUGGCAAAGCUUCGACCACCCAACGGAUACCAUGCUUGCGGGGAUGAAGAUCGGGCCGGACUACAGGACCGAGCGUGAUCGGAACCUGACGGCGUGGAGGAACGCGACCGAUCCCUCGCCGGGGCGAUUCACCUACAAGUUGGAUCCUCGCGGGAUGGGUCAGCCCUUCGUGCUGGAUAACACGAGGGUGAUUUUCCGCAGUGGCCCCUGGAAUGGGAUCCAGUUCAGCGGCACGCCGUCGAUGAAGACCUACCCGAGGUUCAGGUCCACCGUCGUCCAGAAUCAAGAUGAGGCGUACUACCAGUUCAUGGUAACCCAGCCGGCGACCCUCACGAGACUGAUGAUUGAUAAUUCCGGAAAGUUGACGCGCUCUCUGUGGGAUGGUGAGAAGUUGGACUGGCUGGAGCUGUGGAGGUCGGAUAGAGACCGGUGCGGGGAAUACGCCUACUGCGGCCCCAACGGGGUCUGCAACAGCGAUGCUUCUCUCGCAUGCAACUGCCUCCCGGGAUUCCGGGCCAGGAACCAAGAGCAGUGGGACUUUCAGAACUGGAGUGGAGGCUGCGUGAGGAAUACGAGUCUGAACUGCACCGACGGCGACGGGUUUCGGCUGGAGAGGGGGAUGAAAUUGCCGGACACGGUGAACUCCACCGUCCACGUGGAAAUGAAUCUCGAUAAAUGUAGGGAAUCAUGUUGGAGGAAUUGCUCCUGCGUGGCAUACGCGAGCGCGAACACCAGCGGAGGAGAAAGUGGUUGCAUAACCUGGAUUGGGGAUCUGAUUGAUAUGAGAACUUUUGGGGAAGUUGAAGAUGGGCAAAACAUUUACAUACGACUUGCGAAGGCUGAUCUCGGUACGUUCUACCAUCUCACUCACCUGAGCGUUUACUCGAGUAAAAUCACGUCUGACUGGUCUGAACCAGCGCCUCAAGGAUGCUCCGAUGUUCAUAUUUUUGGGGUCCCUCCCUCCAAAACAAGAAUCACAAGUCGUAUCUGGGUACGCUGAUCUUCGGGGACGGAAAUGGCUUAUGCCUUUCCUGCGAGCAGCUCCCCGACCCGUUUUACCUACGGGUAUUCGCUCCAAAACCAGAAUCACAAGUCGUAUCUGGGUACGCUGAUCUUCGGGGACGGAAAUGGCUUAUGCCUUUCCUGCGAGCAGCUCCUCGACCCGUUUUACCUACGGGUAUUCGCUCCAGUGCUAUUUGAUACUUUAGAGAACAAGAUUUGGGUUUCUGCUAGAGCGGAAAGCAUAAAACUGGAGAAUACCCUCUCUUGUUCUAAUAUUUCGGUGGGAAUUUGCGGUUUGAAAGGAAUUCACUAUAGGAAACUGUUUUCGAUUCCACUGAGGAACUUUUAUUUUCCGGAGUUGAUUAGUCGUACCGAAUUAUUUCCAGGAAAGGAGAUCCAUUUUGACUAAAGGUUUCUCAGAAGUCAAUAUGGCUCGCCGGAUGAACUGUUCAUUAAUGUUUUUUACUUUUUUUGAGGGGGGUUUUGGGGGGGGGUGGGGAGUAGGAACUGGCCAUUGCGGCCACAGCUGGGCUUUAAUCCAGGGCAAAUGGUUUGGGAGGGAGGCCUCCCAAACCCAUUGCUCGCAAGUGACCCCCCCCCCCCCCGAUCGACUACGUCCCUUAGCAGCAGGAAGCGCCGAAAGCCCUUCCCCUGUGGCGGAGGUCCAACUCGCGGUGCCAUUCCCGUAAACGAUGGCGGAGGGAGGGGGGAUAAAGUCCUUUUCGCCGGCAAAGAUGAUUUCCCCGUGAGCAUCCACCCAAAUUGAUAAUGUUCUCCGAGAUUUGUUCAAUAUCUAAUUCGAAAUUGUUGAGAAACUUGCGUGAUAGCCAAAAUUUGUUUAAUAUUUUUGCCAUUGCUUCUGGGUUUAGGAAUGGUAGAUAGCAAAAUCAAGGUAUGGCAACGACCACCCCCAGUUGACAACUAUGCACCUUCCUUCAUUCUCUUUUGAGAUAAUCGAAUAAGCUCGGCUUUCUGCCAAGCAGAAAAGCCGAGCUUCAUUCGCGUUGAAUCUUCCUUCAGACUUGUCUUCUUAGAGGGGAGUUCUCAGCUCAUCUACUUCACGUUUUCUGUCCAGCAGCCUACAGAAUGGCUGUGGAACAUAAUUAACUAGUGAUCCCAUGGGUACCCUUCAUUUACAAGGCCGUGGAACACCACAGCAGCUUACAGAGUGGCUGUAAAUCCGCAUUCAGAUGUUUAUUUAGCAUCAAAUUAUUUCUCAUGCAGGAGAGAUUCUUGGGAAACCAUCCAAGAAGAAACACGAGACAAUCAUCGCCAUCACGGUGGGUUUAGCUUUGGUGUUGCUCUUUUUGGUACUUUGGGGAUAUUGCAGCUGGAGGAAGAGAAAUCAGAACGCAGAAGCCAUAAUCGAAGACGGUAAGAUGAAAAGACAAUUUCACAAAGGAUUUAUAUUUGAUUUUCCUCAUUUACAACUUUAUCACUCAAAUGAACCGGAAAACACUUUUAGAUGUGGAAAUAGUAAUAGCACUGGAAAUCACUUUUACCGUCUAGAAAAGCAUUCACGCUCAUGCAAUUGCUAUUUAAUCUUUGCUUCAAUGGAUCUAUGUCAGGUUCAAGGCAUCAAACCGUCAACAACGGUCUUACUGAUGAGAACAACGAUCUGCCGCUGUUUGAUUUGGGUACUAUAGCAUUGGCCACAAACAAAUUCGCAGAUAGUCAUAAGAUCGGGAAAGGAGGGUUUGGUUGUGUCUACAAGGUGAGCUUUUCUUUUUAUUACGUCUGCAAGUAAAACGUGUUUGACUUAAUGGAGACGUAGUACUAAAUUCUCAACCCUUCUGCCCAAAUCUUCAGGGACAGUUUGCGGAUGGGCAGGAAGUGGCUGUAAAGCGGCUCUCUUUGAAAUAUGGAGAAGGGAUUGAAGAGUUCAAGACCGAGGUUAGGCUGAUUGCCAAACUCCAGCACAGAAACCUUGUCCGGCUUCUUGGAUGCUGCAUUGGAGGAGGAGAAAGACUGUUGGUGUACGAGUACAUGCCCAACAGUAGCUUGGAUGCCUUCAUAUUCGGUAGGGUCCUUGACUUUUUGUUUUGAUUGCCAUCAUAGGAUUAGAAUUUUCAAGAUUGUGCCAAUGCUUGCAAAGAAUGGUGCUAACGACGUUGUCCACCCACCCCUGCGCUGAAUUGAUGGUCGUGAUAAACUUAUAGGGUUAUACCAGUAGCGCUAAAAGGAAUUGCUUCUUCAUUCAUGUCGACCCAAGAUAGAACCUUUAUUUACAUGCAGGUGAUGUCCAGAAGCGUCGGUUAUUGGACUGGGAAAAGCGCUUGGACAUAAUCUUGGGGAUAGCGCGUGGGCUUCUCUACCUACACCAGGAUUCACGGCUCAGAGUCAUCCACAGGGAUCUCAAGGCAGCCAACAUACUCCUAGACGAGGCUAUGAAUCCCAAGAUCUCGGACUUUGGCACUGCCAGGAUCUUUGAAAGGAACCAAAUGGAGGACAACACUGUCAAAAUAGUCGGCACUAUGUACGCCCUCUCUCUUGGGCUAGUUAUCCAUUCUGCUUUGAUCUCUUGUCAAACAGUAUCAAUAUUAUUUUCGUUUCACGAACGGUGCAGCGGAUACAUGUCCCCAGAGUACAUAAUGAGUGGGAAAUUCUCGGAGAAGUCUGACAUCUUCAGCUUUGGAGUUCUGGUGUUGGAGAUCAUAAGUGGAAGGAAGAACCAGUGGGUCUCUCAGAAGAACUUCCACAUGAAGCUUCUAGCCAAUGUAAGUGCAGUGCAGUCAUCGUUGGUUACUAAAUCCCCAACAGUACACAACGCUUACUCUUAUGGGAAACUUCAUUUCAGGCUUGGAGACUCUGCACAGAAAACCAAAGUGAUCGGCUCCUGGAUGACAUGCUAGGGCUUCCAAGUCAGUUCUCCGAUGUCCUGAGGUGCAUACAGGUUGGGCUGCUGUGUGUGCAGGAGUCUCCAGACGACAGGCCGACAAUACAAGAGGUGGUGCUCAUGCUGGCCAACAGGACCUCUGUGCUGCCACAGCCAGAGAAGCCCGGGUUCUUUAAACCCACCACCAUAGUGGCAGCAGCACAGUGGUUCGCCGACAGCUGUAGUUCAUCGUCCUCUGUGAACGUGAUUACUCUCACGAAUGUUGAAGGCCGCUGA